AUGGAAAAUACGGUGAAGAGAAGUAGAGAAACGUUUAUAAAUUUACUAGAAACAGGAUAUUCAAGUAGACAAAAAGAAAAUGAAAUAAAAUUAUUUGAAAAUAUAAAAACUGACAUUAGUGUCAUUAUAAGUGAACAAUUAAAAAAAAGAUCAAAAACUGAAUUUGAAUUAACAACAAUUGAAAAAAAAUUUAUCUAUUUAAAAAACAUAUAUGAUGAAUUAGAAAAAUUAUUAAAAAGACAAAAUGUUGAAUUAAAAAAUGAAGAAGAACUAAUUAAUAAUUAUUUUGACUAUACUACAACUAAUUUAGAUUAUAUAUUUAUAAAAUAUGAAAGUAUAAUUAGUGACUUAUCAAAAAUAAACAAUGAUACGAAAUUAAAACUAAAAAAUAUUAAGGAAAAGGAAUUAUUAGAAUUUCAAUCUUCCUGUGAGUCAAUUAAAGAAAAAACUAAUAAUUUAAAAGAAAUUAAGGAUAAUAUAAUAAAUAUAAAAAGUACCAUAUCAAAUUUAUUGGAAGAAUAUGAAAACAUAAAAAAAGAGACAGAAUUAAAGAAAGAAGAAAAAAUAGAAAUUGAAAAAAAUUAUAAAUAUUUACUAAUAAAAAUUGAAGGAUUUAGAAAAGAAUUUGACAAUAUAAAAGAAAAGUGCAAUUAUCAAAUGAAUGAAAAAAAAAAAAGUUCAAGUAAUUUAAAUAUUAUUGAAGAAAAAAUAAAAGAUUUAAAUAGUAUAAUUCAAAAUCUGUGUAUAGAUAACAAAAAGGUUAUUAGUGAUUUAAAUAAUUUGGAAGAGGACAAUCAAAAUAUUCUCAUGAAUUUACUUGAAUAUAAUGCUAAUUUAAAUGAAAAAUGCGAUAAUUUAUCUACAGAAAUAAACACCUUAAAAAAUGAAAUUUCCGAUCUUCAUAUUAAAAAAGAAUUAUUAGAUGAUAAUUACAAAAAUUUAGAAGUGAAAUUAAAAGACAUAUCGAAAAUAUGUGAAGAAAAAAAAAAAGAAGAUGAAAUUGCUAAUAAAUUUGUAAAGAAUAAAAGUGAUGAAUUAAUCAAAAAUAAAAAUAAAUUAAAAGAUAAGGAAAAAGAAUAUUCUUGUUUAAAUGACAAAUACAAUUUUAUAAAGAAUGAAAAUUUACAAUUACAGGAAUCGUAUUAUUCCAUUGAAAAUCAAUUAAAAAAAAUUCAUAAUGAUAUUAAUGAUUAUGAAAACACUUUUCAAAUACAAGAAAAGGAAUUGAUAGAAUUAGAAGAAAUGAAAGAGAAAAAUGAAAAGACAAAAAUAGAAAUUUUAAGUCUCAUAGAAAAUUCUGAAAAAUUAUUACAAGAGCAAAAAAAUUUUUUUUUUAAAAUUUCAAAAUUUUUGAAUUUAAUAAAUUUAUCAAAUGAAGAAUAUUUAAGGAUGAAAAAUGAAAGGAAUAUUGAAAAAAUGCAUAGUUACCAACAAAAUUAUGAAGAAAUGAAUAAGUCUUUUAGCAAUUUAUUUGAUGAAAUAAAAGAGAAAAGUAGUGUAAGUAAAAAUUUACUAAAUGAAGUAGAUAAUUUUACAAAAAAUAUACAAAAAUAUGAAAUGGAAAUAAGUUCUUUACAUGAAGAAAAAAAAAAAAUUAAAGAGAAUUUAGAGAAUUUAAUAGAAGUAAAAGAUAAAAACGUAAGAGAAAUUGAAAAUAGAAAGAAAAAUUCUGAACAAAAAAUUAAAGAAACAGAAGAAAUGCUAAAACAAAGAUAUGAAGAAUUGAAAGAAACAUUAGUUUAUCAAUUUAAGAAUAAACAUGUAGAACACAAUAAUUUUUUAAAACAAGGAGAAAAAGAAAAAUUAGAAUGUAAUUUUCAAUUGUUUAAAUCAGAAAUAAUUUCCAGUAUAGAAAAAGUAAAAGAAGAAAAGAAAAAACAAAUAAUAGAAAAAGAUAGAGAAUUAAAAACAUAUCAACAAAGAUACAAUUCCUUAAAAGUUAUGUAA